UUGAAUCUCAUUUUGCAGAAAACAGAAAAGAAAAUUCAAAGAUCGGUUUGAUUUGCGGGGGUUUUGGGUUUUUCCAAUCGGAAUGGAUUCUGCAUCGUCGUCUUCUUCUUCUUCUUCCGGCGCGGUCGUGACUGACAGAAGAGGAAUUCCGGCGGCUCAGUUCGUGGAGGAUGUUCGUACCUAUCUCUCUCAGUUAGGCCUCGAUGUUAACUCCGCCCUUGCUUUUCUCCAAGAGCGACUUCAGCAAUACAAGUUAGUUGAGAUGAAACUUCUUGCUCAACAAAGGGAACUUCAGGCAAAGAUCCCAGACAUACGAAAGUGUUUGGAUAUAGUUGCUAUGUUACAGGCUAAAAAGGACUCGGCCACUGGUGAGCCACUUGUAGCAGAUUUUGAGAUCUCUGAAGGCAUAUUUUCCCGGGCUCGCAUUGAGGAAACUGACUCAGUUUGUCUAUGGCUUGGUGCAAAUGUCAUGCUGGAUUAUUCACGUGAAGAGGCCACAGCCCUCCUAAAGAAGAAUCUGGAUAAUGCUAAAGAAAGCUUGGGAGUUCUUGUCGCUGAUCUACAGUUUUUGAGGGACCAGGUGACGAUAACCCAGGUGACUAUAGCCCGUGUUUACAAUUGGGAUGUUCAUCAGCGCAGAAUUCAGCUUGCUGCCACCUCAGUAGAAGACUCGUAAGUGUUUUCACGACCCUCGAAUUUCAUCAUUGGCAGAGAAUCCAUAUUCCUGAUUGGCAGUACCGUCCUGAUCCAUACCCUUUUGAAUUUAGGCCAUUCAAAAUUUUCCUUUGUUGUCAUUGUCAAAAAAUGAACCUUUUUAUUUGUGGGUUCUGUUCUCUUCUCCCCUGUUCGCACCUACACUUUCAGAUAUACUCCCCCAUAUGCAUAACAACCAUUGUAGAAUUUAUGCCUAUAUCUAGGAUGAGGUUUGAUGAUGUAGUAGGAAGUUUUGUGUGCCUGUUUUUGUUACGUUUCUUAGAUUCUACUGCUUUAAUCUUUUCGGGUCGAUCGACUCGGUUGAGGUUGAGGUCGAGGUCGAUGAUGUGUUUCUGUUUCUGUUUUCAAUAUUGAUUUUUCAGAACAGUGUUUGUGUAGCGUUUGUAAAGGACGAUUGUUCUGGAUUGAUUAAAAUUUUAUUCUAAAAUGGUGGAAAGAAUUAUUUUGGUAAA